AUGUCGUGCCCACGACCGCUUCCACUCCCCGAGGAGUGGACUAAUCCUGACGCUUAUGUUGACGCCCUCCUGUCCUUUACGACCUCGUCUGAGCUAUUCAUCCAUGUGUGCGGGGGUGUACAUAUACUGGACUUUCUGACUCGCGAACCCGAUUUGUACGAUUCACUUCUCCMACUGCAUUGGCGGACAUUCUUUGAGACGCACGACAUUCAAGAUAUACUAGACCUGUUGUUGAGAGAAGAUAUACCGCCGCUGUUGCACCAGAGUCGCAAGUUUUCUGAAAGUGACACGAGUCAGGAUGCAGAUGUUCGUUGGAGAGGGCAGCCUCUCCCUCCAACCGACCUCCUGGAAUACAUUCAUCAGAUCCGUCGUCUCAGUCUGGGGAGAGAUUUCACGUCAAGACAGUCUGGUAAGGUGGCGCUACCUCACCAUCUUGCGGUGGGAAUGAAUCAAAAGAAAUAUCACGAGGUUGCACACUUUUCAAAAUACGUUAAUGAUCUAUGUGACACCGUUGCCGAAAAAAGGGGCGAGGAUAUAUCGCAUAUUGUUGACUUCGGAUCAGGCCAGAACUACCUUGGACGGACGCUGGCAAGCCCUCCUUACAACAGGCAUAUAAUUGCAAUCGAACGCAAACAUCAGUUUAUCAGUGGCGCGAAGGGCAUGGAUAUUCAUGCAAAACUGGCGAAGAAGCAGAAGAGAAUCGUUUACAAGACCAAUGGCAGAAGGAACCGCAAGGGUUUGGAGGAUGAUCAGGGUACAGCGCCGUCCACUCCCGAGGCGGAGGUAGUUGAAAACGUACCUAAUAAUGCUUCCACCGAGCCUGGUGAUGGUGAGGGUGAAGAUAGCACGGUUUUCAAUGUUUUGCUGGACAUUGAUAUCCAACCGGAUGAGUGGGGAACUAGCCCUUAUAAGAAUGGGCCGCCCAAGAAAUUUGUGGGCAAGAAAGAAGAUGAACCUGUGCUCAAAGGAGCCAUGGAUUACAUCGAGCACGAGAUCAAAGACGGAUACUUGGAGCCUAUAAUCAAGGAUGUGAUCAAAUCUCGAUCUUUGGAGACUCAAGGAUCCCAAGGCUCCGUCGUUGACCGAAACUCGAGGGCCGAGGGAAAGGCGGAGGACCCCAACGUCAUGGUCAUUUCCCUUCAUUCAUGUGGCAACCUUCUUCAUCAUGGUGUCAGAUCUUUAGUUCUCAACCCGUCUGUUAAAGCUAUCGCAAUGAUCGGAUGCUGCUAUAACUUGGUGACUGAGAGGCUGGGCCCGGCCACAUACAAGGUCCCCAUCCUCCGCACUCAACAUCCCCGCUUGACUCAAGAUGCCUGUGCGUAUGAUCCUCAUGGGUUCCCCAUGUCGAAACGUCUGGAAUCGUAUAAACAUGUCAGUGGCACUGGCGUGAAACUGAAUAUCACCGCACGUUCGAUGUCUCUACAAGCACCCUACAACUGGGGCAGAGAAGAUAGCGAAGCGUUCUUCACGCGGCACUUCUACCGAGCCCUUCUCCAGCGCAUUUUUGUUGACCGUGGCGUGGUAGGGAAACCUGUUAACCCGACGGAUCUCUAUGGUUUGGAGACUGGCGGUCCUGAUGCGGUUGGAAACCCUUUGAUUGUCGGUUCGUUGCGAAAGGCCGCUUUUACGUCUUUUUCUGCAUACGUUCAUGCUGCAGUGGCAAAGCUCAGCAAGGACCCGCACAAUGGAGAGAAGGUCAAGGCAGGGAUGGCCGGCAUUACGGAGGAAGAAGUGAAGCGUUAUGAAGAGGAAUAUUGGCCGCGAAAGAAGCAUCUUAGCGUCACCUGGGCUCUGAUGGCUUACAGUUCAGCACUCGUCGAGGCCCUCAUCGUCGUGGACAGGUGGCAAUUCCUGCGUGAGCAUGACUCCGUCAAGGAUUGCUGGGUUGAGCCAGUUUUCGAAUACAGCGAGAGCCCUAGGAAUCUCGCCGUGAUCGGAAUUAAGAAAUGA